AUGACACCAACCAAUAUAGUACCUCAACCAUGAUUCUCUCCCUUCUCUUUUUCCAUUUGGGCUUUCUUUAAAGAUUUAAUUUUCACCCUCAAAAUCCUGAAUUGGUUGCCUUGACAUUUGUCUGCACCCUCACACUCUCUCUCUCUCUUAUAAAACCCAGUUCUCAUUUCCUAUCCGCACUGUCACUACAUGCCAAUACACUGCUUCUAGUCACCAAAGGUUGAGACUUUACCAAUGUCUUCCUCUACUUAUGCUAUGAGGAACACCCUUUGGUAUCUUUUGUGUCUUGGUGUGCUGGUUGCAAACGUUAGCUUUUGCUUUGCUUCCAAGGUUUAUGUAGUGUACAUGGGAAGCAAAACUGGUGAACACCCGGAUGAUAUUUUGAAGGAAAAUCAUCAAAUGCUUGCUUCUGUUCACAGUGGAAGCACUGAGCAAGCCCAAGCUUCUCAUAUUUAUACUUACAGACAUGGUUUCAGAGGAUUUGCAGCCAAGCUCAAUGAUGAACAGGCUUCCCAAAUUUCUAAAAUGCCAGGAGUGGUUUCUGUUUUCCCCAAUACUAGAAGAAAGCUGCACACAACUCAUUCAUGGGAUUUCAUGGGGCUUCUUGACGACCAAACCAUGGAGACUCUGGGAUACUCCAUCAGAAACCAAGAAAACAUCAUCAUUGGUUUCAUUGAUACCGGAAUUUGGCCGGAAUCCCCAAGCUUCAGUGACACUGACAUGCCGGCAGUGCCACCAGGGUGGAAGGGUCAUUGUCAAGCAGGGGAAGCAUUCAAUGCCUCAUCUUGCAACAGGAAAGUGAUUGGAGCUAGAUACUACAUGAGUGGAUAUGAAGCAGAGGAAGGAUCAGAUGCAAAUGUCUCCACCUUCAGAUCCCCAAGGGACAGCACUGGCCAUGGGAGCCAUACAGCCUCCAUAGCCGCUGGGCGCUACGUGGCGAACAUGAAUUACAAGGGACUUGCAGCUGGAGGAGCCAGGGGAGGAGCACCAAUGGCUAGGAUUGCUGUGUACAAAACAUGCUGGGAUUCAGGUUGCUAUGAUGUGGAUUUGCUAGCUGCAUUUGAUGAUGCCAUAAGAGAUGGGGUUCACAUUUUGUCUCUCUCUUUGGGUGCUCAAUCUCCCCAAGGAGACUAUUUCAAUGAUGCAAUUUCUGUUGGGUCAUUCCAUUCUGCUAGACGUGGAGUGAUGGUUGUUGCUUCAGCUGGAAAUGAAGGAUUUGCUGGUUCUGCUACCAACCUUGCACCAUGGAUGCUCACUGUAGCUGCUAGCUCGACAGAUAGGGAGUUCACUUCUGAUAUCAUACUAGGAAAUGGGGCUAGAAUCACGGGUGAAAGUUUGAGUCUCUUUGAAAUGAAUGUCUCCACAAGAAUAAUAUCUGCCUCUCAAGCCUAUGCAGGAUACUUUACUCCUUACCAAUCCAGUUACUGUCUGGAGAGUUCUUUGAAUAAAACAAAGACCAAAGGGAAGGUUCUGGUGUGUAGACAUGUGGAGACUUCAACAGAGUCAAAGGUUGCAAAGAGCAAAAUAGUGAAAGAGGCUGGUGGAGUUGGUAUGAUACUCAUUGAUGAGACAGAUCAAGAUGUUGCUAUCCCAUUCAUGAUCCCUUCAGCUAUUGUUGGAAAGAAAAAAGGAGAAAAGCUUCUAUCCUAUAUAAAGACUACACGUAACCCUGUUGCAAGGAUAUUCAGAGCAAAAACAGUACUUGGAGCUCAGCCUGCACCUCGUGUAGCAUCAUUUUCUUCUAAAGGCCCCAAUGCUUUAAACCCAGAAAUUAUGAAGCCUGAUGUCACAGCUCCAGGAUUAAAUAUCCUUGCAGCUUGGUCUCCAGCAGCUGGAAACAUGUUCAACAUUGUCUCAGGAACUUCCAUGGCAUGUCCUCAUGUAACUGGAAUUGCAACCUUAGUCAAAGCUGUCCAUCCUUCAUGGUCUCCAUCUGCUAUCAAAUCCGCCAUCAUGACAACUGCAACAAUUUUGGAUAAGCACCACAGGCACAUCAGUGCAGAUCCAGAACAAAGAACAGCUAAUGCAUUUGAUUAUGGAUCAGGGUUUGUGAACCCUGCAAGAGUUCUUGAUCCUGGUCUCAUCUAUGAUUCUGAGCCAGCAGAUUUUGUUGCAUUCCUCUGUUCACUUGGUUACGAUCAACGAUCACUCCAUCUUGUUACUAGAGACAACAGCACAUGUGAUAGGGCAUUCAACACUGCAUCUGACCUCAACUAUCCAUCUAUUGCAGUUCCCAAGCUUAAAGACAGCUUCUCAGUUACUCGGGUUGUGACUAAUGUUGGAAAAGCACAAAGUGUAUACAAAGCUGUAGUGUCUUCUCCCCCUGGUGUGAAUGUCACGGUCGUGCCGAACCGGUUAAUCUUCACACUAGUUGGGCAGAAAAUGAAGUUCACUGUGAAUUUCAAAGUAACUUCUCCCUCAAAAGGAUAUGCAUUCGGGUUCUUGUCGUGGACGAAUAGAAGAUUGCGAGUCACAAGUCCUUUGGUUGUUAAGGUUGUACCGGGAAAACAUGGUUUGGUCAGAUAGCAAAACCUGUAAAUAUCUAUAUUCGUUUUAAGAGCUUUGAGAACCUUAUAGUCACUAGAAUAAACCAUUCAUACUGAAAUCCUGAGGCAAAUUAGGUGAUCACUGCCAAAGUUAUAUGCUUGGAGUGCAACAGCAGUUACAAAAAGUAGGAUCCAAAGAGAUGAUAGAUUUAAGCCCUGAAAUUAUUUUGAAAGUCGAUACUAUUUGUCCGUUGUUGCAACAUACUACUACUCCAUUACUUUGACCGGAAAAGAAUUUGGCUAAUCCCAGUUUUGUUUA